AUGGAUCAGUUCCAAAACUCGUCGUUGUCGCAGCUUUUGCAUGCGCACGCAUCGCAACCGCCCCAAAUCAACAUGGAAAUAGAUAAGAAGCGAAUCGACGUGCUGUUGAGAAUAAACACGGUUCUUCUCCAUAAAUGUUUACUUCUUCAGCCAUACAUCUUGUCGAAAUCCAACUCGAUGAACCCCGACUAUAAUCAAAGAAGAGACACGUACCAGAACUAUCUGAAACGGAUCCAUUUCAAUCUCACGUGUCUGGCAUCCAUAAACGACAUCCAUUCCAGUCCUCCUAACGUUCCAAAGAAAAAUUAUAGUAUACCACAGAUUGUCCUGCCACCCCCGGAACUUCCAGAGCUGAACGAGCCUUACAAGUUGCUCAACCAGUUGUAUCCCGAGGCAUUGCCGUUUUUCCAGAAACGGAUGGAAACGCUUCGACAACAGCAGUCCCAAAGGAUGCCCCAGAUGCAACAGCCACAGCCGGCUCCGCAACAGGCUCCGCAACAGCCCCCUCAACAGUACCAGUUCCGCAACCAGACUUUUUCGCCGGACGAACAGCGCAACCAGAUUAAUUAUGCAUGGAACUCUCAAUCAGACAUGGUACCUCCGCGUCCCAAGCCACAGCAGCAGCAACAACAGCAACAGAUGUACUCGCAGUUCAUCCAGCAGCAGCUCAACCAACAACAAAACACGCAACCUCCUCAGCAGAUGCAGCAACAGCAACAGCCUCAACAGCAGCAACAGCAACAACAACCGGUGUUCAACCAGUACAGUCCGCAAAAGUUCACGAAUUUCCAACAGCCCCAGCAACAGCAGCAACAAAUGCCGUUCAACAACAUGGGCCAAUUCGAAAACAGCAACAGUGGGUCUGCUCCAUCGGUCGCAAGCUCUGCCAUGUUGAGUCCCGAGCAGAUCCUCGCCAGCGCCAACAACCAGCAGUCCAAUAACCCUAUGGACGGGUGGUGA